AUGUCUUUGGAUCCUGAUAAGGGUAAUGGAGACGAGUUGAAUAUUAUAGUUGCCGUUAGAUGUCGAGGUCGAAAUGAGCGUGAGAUUAAGGCUAAGAGUUCAGUAGUGGUUUCUGUACCAGAUGUUGCUGGAUCUAGUGAAAUAGCUAUUAAUACUACAGAGGAUGUUGGAAUUGCUGGUCAGAUGAAUUCCAAAACAUAUACGGUUGAUAAAGUGUUUGGUCCUAGUGCUAAUCAGAGAUUAAUUUUUGAAGAAGUUGCAGAACCUUUAUUUAAUGAUUUUAUUAGAGGUUAUAAUUGUACCGUAUUAGUAUAUGGUAUGACCUCCACAGGUAAAACAUACACAAUGACGGGUGAUGAAAGGCUUUAUAAUGGUGAAUUGAGUGAUUCUGCUGGGAUCAUUCCAAGAGUGCUUUUUAAACUUUUUGAUGCAAUGGAAUUUCAAAAUGAUGACUAUAUUAUAAAGUGUUCAUUUAUAGAAUUGUAUAAUGAAGAACUAAAAGAUUUACUAGAUGAAUGUCAAGCUAUUAAUUCAACAGCAAAGAAAUUGAGGAUUUUUGAUUCUAACGCUUCGCAAAUUCGGAAAGUGAGUGAAUAUAAUAAAACUAAUACUAGUACCAAUACUGGUACUAAUAAUAAUAACAACAAUAAUAAUAAUAAUAACAAUAAUAAUACUAAUGGAAGGUCAACUUCACCAUCAAAUUCUUCAAAAAGUAGACCACAACCAAUAUUAGGAAAUAAUAGGAUACGAAGCAGAUUGUCAUCCUCAAAUAAUGCAUUUUUGAAGCCAUCGUCUUCAAAUUUAAAUACAAGUAACGAUACUAUUGCAUCCUCAUCUUCAUCUUCGUCUUCAUCGACUUCAUCAGCAUAUACUUCAUCUACUGUUUCACCAGAUAAGCAAACAGGGAUAUAUAUUCAAAACCUGAAAGAGUUUCAUAUUACAAGUGCCAAGGAGGGUAUAGAGUUAUUACAAAGAGGGUUGCAAUAUAGACAGGUUGCAUCUACCAAAAUGAAUGAUUUCUCAAGUAGAUCCCAUACUAUUUUUACAAUAAAUUUAUACAAAGAGCAUGACGGCAAGAUCUUUAGAAUAUCAAAAAUGAAUUUAGUAGACCUUGCAGGUUCUGAAAAUAUCAGUAGGUCUGGUGCUCAGAAUCAGCGUGCAAAAGAAGCUGGUUCAAUAAACCAGAGUUUAUUGACACUAGGUAGAGUUAUCAAUUCAUUAGCUGAUAAAAACAUUCAUAUCCCAUUUCGUGAAUCUAAACUCACAAGAUUGUUACAAGAUUCUUUAGGUGGAAAUACCAAAACCGCUUUGAUUGCUACUAUUUCACCGGCAAAAUUGAAUUCAGAAGAAACUUGUAGUACUCUGGAGUAUGCAGCAAAAGCUAAAAGUAUCAAAAAUAAACCACAACUGGGUUCGAUUAUAACUAAAGAUAUUCUGGUGAAGAAUAUAGCGAGUGAAUUGGCAAAAGUAAAGGCAGAUUUGUUAUCAACCAAAUCUAGGGAUGGUGUAUAUAUGAGCCAAAUUCACUACAAAGAACUUACAAAUGAUUUGGAAAGCUACAAAACUGAAGUUCAAGAAUGUAAACGUGUAAUAGAUGGACUAACGACUCAAAAUGGCUUGCUAUUGAAAGAUAAAAAGGCAUCCAACGAAGUGCAUAAUUUGCAAAAAAUUAAACUACAAAGCAUGAAAGAUUCUAUAAGUCAUCUUCAUGAUAGUAUAGAAAAACAGCAUCGAAAAGAACAAACAUUGGUGGAUUUAAUCUUAAAACUGAAGUCAAAAUCAAUUGAAAUGCAGGCAACAAUCAAAUAUCAUUCAGAAAGAGAACAAGUUACUCAAGCAAAGAUGAAACAAAUAUUCAAUGAAGAACUGUUGAGGUUGAAGUCUUUAUUGAUUGAAAAUCUUGAAAGGAUCAACAAGAAAAUUGUAAUUAACAAUACAGAUCUUGGGAUGAACAUAGAAAAAAUAAAGGAUGAAGUUAAGAGCAUUAUAGACACGACACAAGCAGAAGCAAAUCACGUGUAUAAGGAUUGUAUGGAGCAACUAAUGAAAGAAUCUCCAAUACUUUUAGGUUCCUUAAAUGAUGAUAUAAUAAAAAUGCAGAAGAUCAGUGAUUUGUAUAAUGAACAGCUUUCAAUCAGUAUCUCUGAACUAAAUAUUGAACAUAAUGACCUAAAGCAAUAUCUAAAUGGCUCAUUUUUUAAAAGUGAUCAUGAAGAAAUUUUGAAUGAACAUAUAGAAAAAACAUAUGAUAAUAUAAGAAGGGCUUCAACUGGCAUCGUGGAACAACUAAAAACUGGGCUAGAGCUUUACUUGGAAGAAAGUAGGAAUAUCAUAAUUGAUAGCUUAAAAAAUACAACUUCUGAUAUUGUGAAAAGUGAGAUGGAAUUAUUCGCACCAAAGAAAAAGAAAUGGGAAGAUUCAUUUGAGAUGAUUAAUAAAUGUGAUUCACUAAAUAAUAAAUACUUCGGUGACAUAAGUGCUUUAUUAUCCAAUAUGAAGACUUCAGUUACCUCAACUUCAGAUCUAGUAGAUGACCAUGUCUCACAAAUGCGAAAAUAUACGGAUAAUACAAGUAGAUCAACAAAGUUAACAGAAAAUAGUAAAAGGAUAGGUCAACAAUUUACAGAAAUGAUGGAGAAAAAUUCAAAACUUGAAAGCCAUCUAAAUGAGUCUAUUACUAUGAAUGAAAGUUCUAUUAAUGCCUUCGAUAAAUUGAGUGAGUCUAUUCACUCAGCUUUUGAAAAGUAUAACACAGCAAAUACAAUAUCGAGGUUGGAUGAAAGUACCAACUUAAUGAAACAGAAUAAGGAUGGAGAUAUUUCUUUGGAUCGUGUUGAGAUGCUCCCACUUAGUCCAAUUUUUUUCUCAGAAAAUAAAAAUAAUCAUGUCUUAAGUCCAUCAAAGGUUGUUGUUAAUUCAUCUGCUAAAAAGAUUCAAGCAUCUAAAUAUCAAAAACGUCUAAAUUCAACCGAAGAUAUGGACCCAAUUGCUACAAAAGUUCAAAAAAUUAAAUAA